CCAGGAAGACGCCUGCAGACCCGGCUGCGAGUGCAGCGGUGGCUGAGCGGGUGGCUGGUGCCGCCCCGGACUCUCGAGUUUCCGAGCCUACCUCUGACUUCUAAGACCGGAGGCAGGAAGUGGUCUGGCCGGAGUUGUGCAGGUGCUCAGAGCCUGCUGCGGCUCAGGGGGAUUCAGGCUGCGGCCUGUUGUAUACAGUCAAGGAGGCGCCCACACUUCUGACAGAAUAAGAUGGCGGCGAUGGCGCCUGGAGGUGGUGGCAGUGGUGGCGGCGGCGUGAAUCCAUUCCUCAGUGAUUCGGAUGAGGACGAGGACGAGGUAGCAGCGACCGAGGAGCGGCGGGCAGGACUUCGGCUGGGUGCCGGCGGUGGUCUGGAUCCUGGCUCUGCGGGCUCUUUAUCGCCACAGGAUCCCGUGGCCUUGGGGGGCUGUGCGCGGCCAGGGCUCUCUGGGGAGGCGUCUGCGACUACAGUGGCCCUGGGGGGUACAGGGGAGACUCCAGCCCGCUUGUCAAUUGAUGCAAUCGCGGCUCAGCUGUUGCGGGAUCAGUAUUUGCUGACUGCUCUGGAGCUGCAUACAGAGCUGUUAGAGAGCGGCCGCGAGCUGCCUCGCCUGCGCGACUACUUCUCCAAUCCCGGCAACUUCGAGAGACAGAGUGGGACCCCGCCGGGGAUGGGGGCGCCUGGGGUCCCCGGAGCAGCCGGCGGUGGAGGCGCUGGAGGUCGGGAACCGAGUACAACGUCGGGCGGGGGCCAGCUCAAUCGAGCUGGAAGCAUCAGUACUCUUGAUUCUUUAGACUUUGCAAGAUAUUCAGAUGAUGGUAACAGGGAAACAGAUGAGAAAGUGGCAGUCCUGGAGUUUGAACUACGGAAAGCCAAGGAGACCAUUCAGGCCCUCCGAGCCAACCUGACAAAGGCUGCAGAACAUGAAGUUCCUUUACAGGAACGAAAAAAUUACAAAUCAAGUCCUGAAAUUCAGGAGCCAAUCAAACCUCUUGAAAAGAGAGCUCUAAACUUCUUAGUCAAUGAAUUUUUAUUGAAGAAUAACUACAAACUUACAUCAAUAACCUUUUCAGAUGAAAAUGAUGAUCAGGAUUUUGAAUUGUGGGAUGAUGUAGGAUUAAACAUUCCAAAACCCCCAGACUUAUUACAACUUUACCGAGACUUUGGAAACCAUCAAGUGACUGGGAAAGAUCUUGUAGAUGUGGCCAGUGGAGUAGAAGAAGAUGAAUUAGAGGCUCUUACUCCAAUUUUAAGCAACAUUCCUCCAACCCUUGAAACUCCUCAGAAUUUAGAGAAAUCCUUGAUAGUACAGAAAUUAGAAGAUAAAAUUAGUUUAUUAAAUAAUGAGAAAUGGUCAUUGAUGGAGCAAAUCAGAAGACUUGAAAGUGAAAUGGACUUCCUCAAAAGUGAACACUUUGCCAUCCCAGCAGUUUGUGACUCUGUUCAGCAUUCCCUGGAUCAGUCUCCCCUUAAAGACUCUGAAGACAGUGGACAGAGUCCAGUAAAUAGUUCAGACAAGGAGAAAAAUGAGGAUAUACAUCUUUCAGUAUCACAAGAAGUUGAUUCCACUACUCCUAAAAAGAACUCAGAUUCUUUUCCCAGGAGAGAAAAAGAAGGAAUGCCAUCAUCUUCUCCAUCAAGUAAAAACACAAUUCAGUUUGAUAAACCUAAUAGGAAAUUGUCUCCUGCUUUUCAUCAAGCACUACUCUCUUUUUGUCGAAUGUCAGCAGAUAGUCGUUUAGGAUCAGAGGUAUCUCGAAUUGCGGACAGUGAAAAAAGUGUUAUGUUAAUGCUUGGACGCUGCCUGCCACACAUUGUUCCUAAUGUGCUAUUGGCAAAGAGGGAGGAGUUGAUCCCCCUCAUAUUGUGUACAGCAUGUCUACAUCCUGAGCCUAAAGAGAGAGAUCAGCUUCUCCACAUACUUUUCAAUUUGAUCAAGAGGCCAGAUGAUGAGCAAAGGCAGAUGAUACUGACAGGCUGCGUAGCAUUUGCACGUCAUGUUGGACCCACACGUGUGGAAGCUGAACUUUUACCACAGUGUUGGGAACAGAUUAAUCACAAAUACCCAGAAAGACGACUACUUGUGGCAGAAUCCUGUGGAGCACUGGCACCUUAUCUUCCAAAAGAAAUCCGUAGUUCCUUGGUUCUCUCAAUGUUGCAACAGAUGUUAAUGGAAGAUAAAGCAGAUUUGGUAAGAGAAGCUGUCAUCAAAAGCCUUGGAAUCAUUAUGGGAUACAUUGAUGAUCCAGACAAGUAUCAACAGGGUUUUGAAUUGUUGCAGUCAGCCUUGGGUGAUCCCUCAGAAAGAGUAGUUAGUGCAACACAUCAAGUGUUUUUACCAGCUUAUGCUGCCUGGACUACAGAACUUGGAAAUUUACAGUCUCAUCUUAUACCUACACUACUGAACAAGAUUGAGAAGCUUCUCAGGGAAGGAGAACACGGUCUGGAUGAGCAUAAGCUCCAUAUGUAUCUCUCUGCCUUGCAGUCCUUGAUCCCAUCUCUUUUUGCAUUAGUGCUACAGAAUGCACCUUUCUCCAGCAAAGCCAAGCUCCAUGGUGAAGUGCCACAGAUAGAAGUGACUAGGUUCCCUCGGCCUAUGUCACCUCUUCAAGAUGUGUCCACUAUUAUUGGAAGCCGUGAGCAAUUAGCCGUGCUGCUACAACUUUAUGAUUACCAGCUAGAACACGAGGGUACAACAGGCUGGGAGAGUUUGCUUUGGGUUGUCAAUCAAUUGUUGCCACAACUUAUAGAAAUAGUUGGCAAAAUUAAUGUUACUUCAACUGCCUGUGUUCAUGAAUUCUCCAGAUUUUUCUGGCGCCUUUGCCGGACAUUUGGCAAAAUUUUUACAAACACUAAGGUAAAACCUCAGUUCCAAGAGAUUUUAAGACUAUCCGAAGAAAACAUUGAUUCCUCAGCAGGAAAUGGGGUCCUUACUAAAGCUACAGUCCCCAUUUAUGCAACAGGAGUCCUCACAUGUUAUAUUCAGGAAGAAGACCGAAAACUGUUAGUUGGAUUCUUAGAAGAUGUAAUGACUCUACUUUCAUUAUCUCAUGCUCCUCUUGAUAGCUUGAAGGCUUCUUUUGUGGAACUGGGUGCAAAUCCAGCCUACCAUGAGUUACUAUUAACUGUUUUGUGGUAUGGUGUUGUCCAUACUUCAGCACUUGUGAGGUGUACUGCUGCUAGAAUGUUUGAGCUGUUGGUGAAGGGGGUGAACGAAACUCUGGUAGCUCAGAGGGUUGUUCCUGCUCUCAUUACUCUCUCCAGUGACCCUGAAAUCUCUGUCAGGAUUGCCACAAUUCCAGCCUUUGGCACUAUUAUGGAAACAGUUAUUCAGAGAGAGUUGCUGGAAAGAGUGAAAAUGCAGUUGGCUUCUUUCCUGGAAGAUCCACAGUAUCAAGACCAGCAUUCUUUGCAUAUGGAGAUCAUAAAAACAUUUGGUAGAGUUGGACCUAAUGCAGAACCCAGGUUCCGAGAUGAAUUUGUUAUACCACAUUUGCAUAAGUUAGCUUUGGUGAACAACUUACAAAUUGUGGAUUCUAAAAGACUGGACAUUGCUACCCAUCUUUUUGAAGCCUACAGUGCACUUUCCUGUUGUUUCAUUUCAGAAGAUUUAAUGGUAAAUCACUUUUUACCUGGCCUCAGAUGUUUGCGGACUGACAUGGAACAUCUCUCUCCAGGGCAUGAGGUUAUUUUAAGUUCCAUGAUAAAAGAAUGUGAACAAAAAGUAGAAAACAAGACUGUCCAGGAGCCUCAAGGCUCAAUGUCAAUUGCUGCAAGCUUAGUGAGUGAAGAUACAAAGACCAAGUUUUUGAACAAAAUGGGCCAGCUGACAACCUCAGGUGCCAUGUUGGCCAAUGUGUUUCAGAGAAAGAAGUAGAAGUGGGAAGGCAGCCCCCAGUAAACACUAAGAUGGACCUCAGCAGACUGGUUCCUUGUACUUGAAGUACUUGCCUUUUUUAUUUCCUCAGUUUUUUGUUCUUCUGUUAUAAUUUUAUCCUAACCUCCAAAGAUAUUUGCACUGCUUUUGAUUAUUGCUGUGUAUCUGUUGAUUUUGGAAAUAUAACUGUGGUAAUAGAAAAUUAAUUUGAUGGCCUGUACUAAGUCCCUCUUCUAUGUUAUCUUUGGGAAUAAUUUUUUAUAUAUAAAUAUAUAUAUAUAGUGAAGAAGGUUUUGUUUAUUUGCUUUUUUGUUUUAUUUUUGGAUGGGAUAAAUAACAGAUAUCUGUAUUAUACUCUAAGCUAUUACAAUGGUACUUAAAAUAAUGUAAAUUUGAUGUCAUUGUUAUAAAGUAAUAAAAGUGGAGAUUACUUAAGUAUUUAAAUUAUGAAAGAAUAAUGCAAACUUUUUAUUGUUUCUUAACUGACUAGAAAGAGCCACCAGCAUUACUCUGUGCCUUUUGGACUUCAGUUUGUGUAUUCUGUAGGAAUUAUGUGCAUUCCAUUCACACGGUAUUUCUUUAGGCUGCUGUGAUGAAUUUGAAUUACCAAUCCUACAGUAAAUAGGUGAUGAAACUUGCAACAUUUCAGAACUCUCAUUAAUAUAUUUUAAGUGCUAUUUAAACCUCCCCAGGACUUAAAUGCAUAUAAUGGACUUUCCUGAGAAAAGAUAGUGUUUAACCAUGGGGAGUAGUAACCAAGGUGAAUUUUACAGAGUGUAUAGUAGAUUUAAAUGCUCAAAAAUAAAUGUAACUGACAAGAGGUAAUAAUUGUGAAUUUUCUCCCAAGUUGAAAUACAGAAGAUAGUAUGGUUUGAAUCCAGAAUGUAUCACUUGUCCAUGUAAAAUGUUUCACACAAGAUGUUUCCUGAUUAUUUUAACUUUACAAGUUAGCUUUUCAUAUUGUGUUACAGAGAAGUACUGAAAAGUUAAGCACAUUUAGGGGCUGCUUUUUUUUCCCUCUAAACAAAAAAUAAUAUUGGCUAUAUAUUUGGUUGGUUAUCAUUUUGUCCCUUAAAGUCAGUAACUAUUGUGUUUGGUAUAUUUUACAUAGUGUUAAAUUACUGCAUUGGGAUUUGAUGGUCAUCUAUACAGUAAUAAAACCUGAAGUAGAAGAGAGGAGGACAUACAAAAUGGAUAUUGGUUUGAGGGGUUAAAUGUGAGGCCUUUUUGAAAAAUGAAUAUUUUGAUAAAGAUAAUUCUUGUUUCAGCACAAUUGAUGCACAUAGGUGAUUCUCAUAUUUGUUGUAUAGGCUGAUUUAAUACACUUGGAACACAGUUGGAUUACACUCACUUCCUGGGAAAGCUAGCUUGCCAUACAUUCAAGCUUACAAAAUAAUUUGCUAUAGGCAAAGCCAUUUAAAAAAUUCAUUCUGAAGUUAUUUCUUUUUACCUACAGUGAAAGAAUUGUUGACUAGUCUUUCCGGAAACUGUUGUAUUCUAGGCAUUCCUGAGAAACUGAAAGUGGCUACCUUUCAUGUCAAAAAUGUUGAUCUAUUAUAAAUAAAAUGUUUUUGCAUA